AUGUCAGUACCAAAAGCGGUAACCCCGAGCUACACUCGGGCUUACCAUGCGGCGCUGCAUAGGGAGUCCCUGCAGAGCUUACCUUGUCCUUCGCUCCCGCGAUGUGUCCCCUGCAGCGUCCCCGGCCAUCUCCUCCAGCCGAUGCCGGCAUCCGGCUUCUGUGUUCCGGUCCCUGUGACGUCGGGACGUACGGGCGCUGCCAGCGGUGGGAAAUUUGAAAAUUUAAAAAAAUGUCAUUUUUUUCCAAACAACUUUUACAUAUGCUUUGUCCUGUGCCCUGCCUGCAUUUUGUCUGUUCUUUCU